GGAGGCUGUGAGCUGCAGCAGCGGCAGAGAGAGGUUCGGGACCCGGUGUGUGCCGAUCUCAGGAGGGGGACAGGAUAAUCCAGUCGGAUUUUCAGUGGAGUGAAUGUCCGCACUUUUACCUUCCCGUCGGGGAUUUUGAUUUAAUCCCCACAGGUCACCUGGAUCUGGCUGGAGAGGAGGAAGAGAGGAGAACAAAUGGAAGGAGAGCAGAGAGAAAGAGGAUGAGAGAGAGAGCAGGACCCAUGAGAUUCCUCAUACACAAUGGGAGCCCCUCGCUCUGACGGCUUCUGAUUUGAAAAUAAUAAAGGGGACUUUGCCUAAAGAGGGCCGACAGGAUUUUGAAAUAACUUUGUAGUAUUUUGCCCUGUGGUGGAGUUCUCCCUUUUGUCUCAGCAGGAGUAGUUGUGGCUAUACACUAAACAUAAAAAAGAACUCCUCUUUCAUCACCUUCUCUCUUUACGCCCUGAACCUACUUCUAACCUGGUGACAGUCCAUUGCCAUGGAGAAGACAUACUCACUAACAGCCCACUAUGAUGAGUUUCAGGAAGUGAAAUACGGUGGUCGUUAUAGCAGUGACAUCCUCAGCAAUGGCAUGACCCUUCACCUGGGGGGAAGCCUGGACCGUCAUAUGGGGCGAGGCAGGGGAGGGACCAUGUCAAACGGACGAAACAAAGAUCUGAGCAGCACCAGCAGCAGCAGAGGGCUUCCUCGAUGGAGCCGAAGGGAGAUCUGCCUCCUCUCUGCACUGGUCUUUGCUGCGGGCAUGUGCGUUAUCUUGGGCAGCAUGCUGGCACUCAAGUAUAUUUCCCUGGACGCCCAGCAGGAUCCACAGUGCCGACAGGACUGUCAACGCAAACGCUCUCUGCUGCGGGCCGCGCGCUUCAUUCAGGCCAAUAUUGACCCAACCAUCCAACCCUGCCAGGACUUUUACUCCUUUGCCUGUGGUGGCUGGCUGAGGCGCCACGGCAUCCCUGAGGACAAGCUCAGCUACGGCAUCAUCACCGCAAUAGGGGAGCACAAUGAGGAGAAACUACAGCGCCUCUUACUGGAGCCAAUACGAAGGCGUGGCCCAGACUCAGCAGAGCGCAAGGUCAAGGAGUUCUAUCGAUCCUGCAUCAACAUCCAGGAGAUCGACAAGCUGGGCUCUGACCCCAUGACGGAGGUGAUAGACAGCUGUGGGGGGUGGGACCUGGUGGGGGCUCCUCCCGGUGCUGCUGGGUGGGAGAGAGAGGGCGCCCCGCAGAGGCUGGACUUUAAUGAGCUCCUGUACAGGACACAGGGGGUGUACAGCACCGCCGUCUUCUUCUCCCUCACUGUCAAUGUGGACGACAAAAACUCCUCCAGAAAUGCAAUCAGGGUGGACCAGGAGGGGCUCACCCUGCCUGAGAGGACCCUUUACCUGGGACAGGACGAGGACAGUGUGAAGAUCCUGGCGGCAUACAAGGCCCUGAUGGAGCGCUUGCUGAGCAUGCUGGGAGCUCACAACGCAACGCAGAAGUCCAAGGAAAUUAUACAGCUGGAGAUGCGUCUGGCCAAUAUCACUGUGUCAGAAUAUGAUGACCAAAGAAAGGACAUCAGCACCAUGUAUAACCGCAUCACCCUCAGGCAGCUACAGCGCAUCGCUCCCAGUCUUCACUGGAAACGCUUGCUGGACAGAAUUUUCCACGACAACUUCUCAGAAGACGAAGAAAUUGUGGUGCUCGCCACUGAUUACAUACAAAAAGUCUCUGACAUCAUCAAGAACACUUCGAAGAGGGUUCUCCAUAACUACAUGCUGUGGCGCAUUGUGGCGGCGCUAAGUGAACACCUUUCCACCGCCUUCCGCAGCACCAUCCAUGAGUUUUCUCGAGAGAUUGAUGGCACAGAGCAGCAACUGGAGCUGGGCAGGCUCUGCCUCACUCAGGCCAACAAACACUUUGGCAUGGCCCUGGGAGCCCUGUUCGUCCAGCAACACUUCUCCUCACAGAGCAAGGCCAAGGUACAGGAGCUGGUAGAGGACAUAAAGCACUCUCUGGACCUUCGGCUGCAGGAGCUGGACUGGAUGGAUGAAACCACCAAGGAGGCUGCCAGAGCAAAGCUGAAGUUUAUGAUGGUGAUGACAGGCUACCCAGACUUCAUGAUGAAACCUGAGCUCAUAGAUAAAGAAUAUGGGUUUGACGUGGACGAGAAGACCUAUUUCAAGAACAUCCUUAACAGCAUCAAGUUCAACAUCAAGCUGUCAGUCCAGAAGAUCCGGGAGGAAGUGGACAAGACAGCGUGGCUUCUCCCCCCUCAGGCCCUUAAUGCCUACUACCUCCCUAACAAGAACCAAAUGGUGUUUCCUGCCGGCAUCCUUCAGCCCACUCUCUACAACCCUGAGUUCCCACAGUCUUUGAACUAUGGAGGAAUAGGAGCGAUCAUUGGCCAUGAACUAACACAUGGAUAUGACGACUGGGGGGGCCAGUACGACCGCCAUGGAAACCUCAAGCAGUGGUGGACAGAGGAAUCUUACAGAAAGUUCCAGAAGAAGGCUGAAUGUAUUGUCAAGCUCUAUGAUAACUUCACUGUUUACAACCAGAGGGUGAAUGGCCGUCUGACACUGGGGGAGAACAUAGCUGACAUGGGAGGGCUCAAGCUGUCAUACUAUGCAUAUCAGAAGUGGGUGAGGGAACAUGGUCCAGAGAGGCCGCUGCCUGGGCUCAAAUACACACAUGAACAGCUGGUCUUCAUUGCCUUUGCACAGAACUGGUGUAUGAAGAGAAGAUCUCAGUCCAUCUACUUGCAGCUUCUGACUGACAAACAUGCGCCAGAACACUACAGAGUGAUUGGCAGUGUUUCCCAGUUUGAUGAGUUUGCUCGUGUUUUCCACUGUCCGAAGAGUUCCCCGAUGAAUCCGGUGGACAAAUGCUCCGUAUGGUGAACUCCCCAUCCGCCUGUUGCCCUUUUGAUGAACUUUAUCUUUGCGGCCCGCACACACAACCUGUCCAACAUCACAUAUUUAUCAGACAACCAACAGGAUGAUACAGAGUGCAUCAAGUCUAUUCUUGCCUAUAAAGGAUACAGGAAUGAAAUGUAUUUUUUAAACAUUAUCAGUUCACAUGUCAUCAUUUAGGAAGUUUAUACAACUGUCCAUUGUCUGUACUAACCAAACUAAAGCAUUUGUCACACAGCCAAUGAUCAUGUACAUAUAUAUCAUUUUAUUAUAUAUAUUUUUCAAUGUUAAAAUUUACUUUUAAAAUCAUCUAUUUUUCUAUUUUAGCAGAUGUAUUACGUACACGAUGUGUAGAAGUCAUAAGCUAUUUGUUUUUUUAAUUAAGCAACAGUUUCCUCAAUUGUUUCUCUUUGUAGCAUCAAGUAGAAAAACUUUAGCAUAUCAGAAUAUUACAGAUUGGCAGCAACAGGGAUUUCAGUACCUGAUGUAAACCAAACAAAGACCAAUUUAAAAGGAACUGAGAUUAGUAGCAUCCUUGUGCCUGCCAACAUGCUGCUGUUGUUAUCAGUUUGGUACUGGAGUUUGAUUUGUCUCGCAAUGCUACUCUCUUGUGGCUGCAGAGAUCAAUGGUCACUGUUAAAUCGUCAUGACUGUUGUAAUCGUUUGCCUGCAUUGGUCUUGUUACUGUGAGUGUUUGUACGUUUUUAAGAUUUGUCAACAUUUUU